AUGGAAAAUUAUGAUUCUUUGAAUUCCCCUUGGGAAACUCUUUAUUAAACAGUCAAUGUAGAGAGACCUAAGGACUAUUCUUACUAUUAGCAGUUAAGUAUAAAAUGGGGGAAUCAGGAUAACUAUUAGCUUAUUCAUAAACUUGGAAGAGGCAAAUACUCAGAGGUAUAUGAAGGUGCAUGUCUUUUAAACAAUUAGAAAUGUGUUGUUAAGAUUUUAAAGCCAGUGAGAACAGAAAAGAUAUUCAGAGAAAUCAAGAUAUUGCAAACGUUAUUUGGGGGUCCAAACAUCGUCAAGCUAUACGAUGUGACUAAGGAUCCGAGUUCAAAGACUCCCUCGCUGAUAUAUGAAUACAUUCCAAACAUUGAGAGCAAAAUACUGUUUCAAAAACUGACUGAUACGGAUAUUCGAAUUUAUCUUUACAAAUUAUUAGAAGCACUAGACUACAGUCAUUAACAAGGUAUAAUGCACAGAGAUGUUAAGCCCUUGAACAUUGUGAUUAAUCAUGAGACAUAGGAUUUGAGAUUAAUAGAUUGGGGACUGGCUGAUUUUUAUCAUGCAGGAUAAGAAUAUAAUGUGCGCGUUGCUUCCCGAUAUUACAAAGGCCCUGAGCUUUUAGUUGAAGACAAACUUUAUCAUUAUUCUUUGGAUAUAUGGUCACUAGGCUGUACAAUGGCAACAAUGAUGCUUAGAGUCGAUCCAUUUUUCAAAGGUAGCGAUAAUUACGAUUAGCUUAUAAAGAUUGCUAAGGUAAUGGGUACUGAGGACUUAAGAGAAUAUGUAAGAAAGUAUAAGCUGAACAUACCAUAACAAAUCACUAAGGUACUUAAAAAUUAUCCCAAAGUGGAGUUUGAAGAAUUUAUCAAUAAAAACAAUAAAUCUGUUGUUACUGAGCUAGGCCUAGACUUGCUCAAGAGAAUGCUUGUUUAUGAUAAAAAUUAGAGAAUCACACCUAAAGAUGCGAUGAAGCAUCCCUAUUUUGAUCCAGUCAAAGCAACUCUAUCAAAAUAAAGUAGUAAAUGA